AUGAGCGCCCAAUGCAGGCUGACAGCGGUUGCAGACGUUAAUCUCACGGUCGAAACAAUCAAGACCGAAUCGAUCCCCAUCCUCCUCCUUCUUAUGCUCCUUCUUCUUCUUCUUCUUCUUCUUCUCCUCCUCCUCCCCCUCCUCCUCCUCCUCCUCCUCCUCCUCCUCAUCCUCAUCCUCCUCCUCCUUCCGGCCGCCCCACUCGUCAGAUUGGUAGGCUGAGUCCGCACACUCUGGCAGCCUGGAAUGUUCGUUCACUUUUAGACAAUCCGAGGAGCAACCGACCGGAACGGAGGACGACACUAAUGGCUUGGGAACUGGCCCGCUACAAGGUGGAUAUCGCUGCACUCAACGAGACCCGCUUCUCCGAACAAGACCAACUGGAGGCGGUGGGUGCCGGCUACACCUUCUUCGGGAGCGGUCGGCCCAGGGCAGAGCGACGGGACGCGGGUGUCGCCUUUGCUAUCCGGAAAGACAUCGUGGGACGACUGCUCUGUCUACCGCAAGAAAUCACAGAUCGUCUGAUGAGCCUCCGCCUACAAAUUCAAAGGCAAAUUCGCCACCAUCACCAGCGUCUACGCCUCCCCGAUGAUCAGCCCUGA